GUCAUCACAUUGCAUGUAUCCGCCGUCUUCCUCCCGCGUCGGCCUUUUCUCUUCACGUCUCUCAGAGGACCUCUGGCUCCCUGUUAUGCCUCUGAACCUGACCGCAUGGUUUUGGGUGUGUGUCUUGUCGCUUGUCUUAUCUUCCACUUAGCUAAUUCCCUUCAUUUACUCGUCAAUCAGAUAUUGAAUCGAAGCAGUACAGCAGGAGUUGUCAUUUAUUGCUCACGUCGAGAGGGAAAGGGGCCAGCAGAGGGUAAUGAUAAGUCAGCGUGUCAUCCAUCAGCGUCAAAGCAACAAAGGACAUAUAACGACAGGAAAGCAUCAAGACGUGGGGGCCAUUUCGCCACUACGUUCUCGCCAAUGUAAAAAGAGAAAAGGACCUACCGCCCUCCCUACUUCGUGGACAUUGGAGGCUCGUACUCGGCCUCUGUGCCCAUAAAACCACCAUGUCCGCCGUGUCUCGCAUUGUCGUGAUGCCCAUGCCCAGGCAUUUUCGGCAGGCUCACCUCCUUGUAACAACUGUGUGAAUCCUUCCCGUCCGUGUAACCCUGACACACAAGAAAUGAUAACGGUGGAUCCUCGGGAGGUAAACAGACAAUCCAGGCAGUUGCCUACGUGUGGGCAGAUCGGCACGGGUGCCUUGAUCUCUAUCUUUUUGCAGAUGGCCUGCUCCUUCUUCUUCUUCCGCGCGGGCUUCUUGAUCUCAAGCUCGAAAUCGUCAGGGCAGAACCUCUCGACAGGUGCAGUCUCCUUCAAGUUGAUGCAGACGCCCACAUCGUCGUUGAACUUGGUUCCGUCGGGACACAGAAGGAUCGGCUGAAAAAGGGGACAAAGACAAAUGCGUGUGAUCACGAGAGAAUACUCCUCUUUCGUCUUCGUACAUUCUUGUCGACGAGCUUCUCACACUUGAGCUCUCCAUCUUCCUUCUUCUCUUCUGUGCCUGUGUGUGCAAUUAUGUACAUCAACAAUGACAGAUGUGUGAAGCGUGCUUUUGGACUGUUCAUCUUCAUGGACGCGGCAGGCCGGCCUUCUUUACCUUUUGGACAUUCGAGCAUCGGUGCACCCCUGUCCUUGCUUCUUGUGCACUUGCCAUCCUUGCCCACUGCGCCAUUCUUGCACAUCAUCUUCAUGGGAGCGGUGGUAGUCUACAUAUGCAAUACACACGCAACUGUCAGACCGCCCUGCUCUUCAUCGUCUCCUCGUCCACAGACGCACCUUUGUGCACUUGUUGCCGUACUUCGUGCUAUCAGCCAUGUUACCGUCGGAGCACGUGUAUUGCACAGGAACAGUCUCUGCAAUUGCCAGAACGAUAGGAUGCUGCGCCGUUCUCAUCCCUUCUGCCUGCCCCGUUUUGCAGUGCGCACCUUUGUGAAUGCACGUUUCGUCCACGAGAGAUCCUCCCUUGUUGCAUGUUGGUAUUCCGGGGGCAUGCGAGGUCUUGACGCAUUUGCCAUGCUUCAUUUCCCCUCCUUUGUCACAGAUCGUCUGCAUCGGGGCUGUCUUCUUGGCACCCUUCUCAGACGAGACGCACUCUGCUCCUCCGCUGCCGUGAUGACUGUGUCCGCUGCCCUUCGAAGCCUCCAUACUGUACCCUGACGGCGGCAAAACACGGAAGAAAGGGCGGCUGCACCUAUUCUUGUCCCCACCCCACCUUUGGGGCAUGAAGGAGAUGGAGAGUAUGUCUGGAUAGAUUCGCAUUUGCCAUCCUUGCUGCCGGCUCCGUGCUUCAUGCCAUCGCAUGUGAUAGUUGGGGCGUAGCUGUCUGUCUUGGUGCACUCAUCGCUCUCCAUCUUGUACUCCCUGGGGCACGAGGGCAGGGCACCUUCCUGAGUAAUGCACUGACACACGGACGCCUGACAACAGAAGCAGACGCAUUUUGUGAGUUCUGAUUGGCUCGCUCGUCUGCUUGCGAAUCGUACUGCGUUCUUCUUUUCGCCGGAGGAAAGGGUGCAGCCAGCAGGGCAGUGGGGCACGGCACGGCUUUCAAUAGAUUCCACACACUUGUCGUGCUUCAGCGUCCCGCCCUGAGGAUCAAGCAACAGACGACAGACGGCAGACGCGAUCGAGUGAUGCGGAAAGGGACGACUGCAUUUGGACACGUUACGUGUUUGCAGACGAGCUCAGGCAGGACGUCUGAUCUCUUCUGGCACCUGCCGGCUUCUGUCAACUCCAAACCCUUAGGGCACAUUGGCUCUGGCGGAACGCCGUCGACCUUCAGACACUUGUGGGUGCCGCGGAGAUCAUAUCCCUCUGUAGCGGACAAACAGCAGGGGACGGGGAUAUAACAGUGUUACAACUUCAGCUCAUGCAACCUUUCGAGACCUGGGCAACGGUGGAAUGGGUGGAUUUUGAUGAUCCUGACGCAUUUGUCGCCUUCAAGCUUCGCAUGGGGACCACAGACCAGAACCUGUCGCCGAAAAGUCAUAACAUUGCAUUCUCACCUUCUUCUCAACUUUGCCGUGAUGAAGCCUGCGUACCUUGGGUGUGCUUUCCAUCUUGGUGCAUACAUUCCCCUUGUCUGUGAAGCCGUAGUCACAGCCGCCGUAGCCACCCACAUCCUUCUUGUCUCCGACAGGCGCUGGCUCGCUCUUCUUCGAUUGUGCUGCCGCGCCAUGGGAAACAAUGGCGGCUACCAGCAGCCAUACACACCGCCGCUGUCUCGUCAUCGAUGCCCAACAACGAGUCACCACCCGCUUGGGUUGCCACAGCGUACAAGGGGUCAACCGCUAGGGUUUCUAGCUCGCAUGCGUUAAUGCCGGAAACGCUAGCUCGCAUAACCGACCGACCAAGAUCCCGACCACCACUCACCACCACUCACCCCACCCACGCCGACCGCCCAGGCGAACCCAGGAACCUCAGCAACCAGCGGCCUGGCUCGGCCCUUCGCGUGGCCGAGAAGCGCAAGAGGAACGUGUAUGCCGUCGCCUGUGCACGGGGAGGGUACACGAGUCGUAUGGACGCUGGUCUUCGACUAUGGAGACCUUUUUGCACAAGCUAGGCAAGGCAGGGACGACAGGGAU